AUGAAAUUCAACAUCGCCAACCCCGCAACUGGGGCCCAAAAAACCAUCGAUCUUGAUGAUGAGAGGAGAUACCGUAUCUUCUACGACAAGAAAAUCGCUCAGGAAGUUCCAGCAGACAGCUUGGGGGAUGAGUGGAAGGGUUACAUUUUCCGCAUCACUGGCGGUAACGACAAGCAAGGUUUCCCCAUGAAGCAGGGUGUCCUCCUGCCUUAUCGUGUCAAACUUCUCCUCGCCGACGGCCACUCCUGCUACCGCGCUCGCCGCACUGGAGAGAGGAAGCGCAAAUCCGUUCGUGGUUGCAUCAUUGGUCCCGAUAUCGCUGUUCUCUCUGUCGUCAUCAUCAAGCAGGGUGAGAACGAUAUUCCCGGACUGACGGACAACGUUCUGCCCAAGAGGCUCGGUCCCAAGAGGGCCACGAAGAUAAGGAAGUUCUUCAACUUGACGAAGGAGGAUGAUGUCAGGAAGUACGUUGUCAGGCGUGAGGUCACGAGUUCCAAGAAGGAAGGCGCGAAGCCCUACACAAAGGCUCCUAAAAUCCAGAGACUGGUUACUCCCGUUCGUCUUCAACGCCGCCGUCACUUGCGUUCCCUCAACCGCCGCCGGAUCGAGCGUCAAAAGGAGCAGAAGACUGAAUUCGACACGCUUAUGCAGAAGCGUGUGGCCGAGAAGAAGGCCAAGGUUGCUGCUGUCAAGGCUUCGCACCACAAGUAA